CCGCACCAGCACCGGCACCGGCGCUGCACCGCACAGCACCGCACCGCACCGCGCCGCACCGCGCGGCUCGGCCUCAUGCCGGCCCCCCGCCCCCGGGACUGAGCGCUGCGCCCCGCCGAACCGGGCACGGCCAUCACAGAACAGCCACUGGUAGCAGGACCCACCUCUGGCCAACGCGAUGGCGGGAGCAUCAGUGAAGGUGGCGGUGCGUGUCCGGCCCUUCAACUCCCGGGAGAUGAGCCGGGAAUCCAAAUGCAUUAUCCAGAUGUCAGGAAGCACCACUACUAUCCUGAACCCGAAGCAGCCUAAAGAGACACCAAAAAGCUUCAGCUUUGACUAUUCCUACUGGUCCCACACUACGCCUGCAGACAUCAACUAUGCAUCCCAGAAGCAAGUGUACCGGGACAUUGGUGAGGAGAUGCUGCAACAUGCCUUUGAAGGCUACAAUGUGUGUAUCUUUGCCUACGGACAGACGGGAGCUGGAAAAUCCUACACCAUGAUGGGGAAGCAGGAGAAGGACCAGCAAGGCAUCAUCCCACAGCUGUGCGAGGACCUCUUCUCCCGCAUCAAUGACACGACGAAUGACAACAUGUCCUACUCUGUGGAGGUGAGCUACAUGGAGAUUUACUGCGAGCGUGUGAGGGACCUCCUGAACCCCAAGAACAAGGGGAACCUGCGGGUGAGGGAGCAUCCCCUUAUGGGCCCGUAUGUUGAAGACCUUUCCAAGCUGGCUGUGACCUCCUACAAUGACAUCCAGGACCUCAUGGACUCUGGAAACAAGGCCCGCACAGUGGCUGCUACCAACAUGAAUGAGACCAGCAGCCGCUCCCACGCCGUGUUCAACAUCAUCUUCACGCAGAAGCGACAUGAUGCUGAGACAGACAUCACCACUGAGAAGGUCAGCAAAAUCAGCUUGGUGGACCUGGCUGGGAGCGAGCGAGCCGACUCCACAGGCGCCAAGGGCACAAGGCUAAAGGAAGGAGCAAACAUCAACAAGUCCUUGACCACUCUGGGGAAAGUCAUCUCUGCCCUGGCUGAAAUGGAUUCGGGGCCAAACAAGAACAAAAAGAAGAAAAAGACGGAUUUCAUCCCUUACCGGGACUCGGUGCUGACCUGGCUGCUGCGGGAGAACCUGGGGGGCAACUCCAGGACUGCCAUGGUCGCUGCUCUCAGUCCUGCUGACAUCAACUACGAUGAGACCCUCAGCACCCUCAGGUAUGCCGACCGCGCCAAGCAGAUCCGCUGCAACGCUGUCAUCAAUGAGGACCCCAACAACAAGCUCAUCCGGGAGCUGAAGGACGAGGUGGCACGUCUACGUGACCUUCUCUAUGCCCAGGGUCUUGGGGACAUCAUUGACACCCAUCCUGCUGCAGGAGGAACCAAAUAUUUGUCCGACUUUGAGAACAAUAAUGAUGCUAGAGGGGCAGAGCUGAGUCACCGCCAUGACAAUCUCUCCACAGUGACCAAUGCCAUUGCUGGGAUCAGCCCCUCUUCCUCCCUGUCCGCCUUAUCCAGCCGUGCUGCCUCUGUUGCCAGCCUCCACGAGCGCAUCAUGUUUGCUCCGGGCAGCGAAGAGGCAAUUGAAAGACUCAAGGAAACAGAGAAGAUCAUUGCGGAGCUGAAUGAGACGUGGGAGGAGAAGCUGCGGAGGACAGAAGCAAUCCGGAUGGAGAGGGAAGCGUUGCUGGCCGAAAUGGGGGUGGCCAUGAGGGAGGAUGGAGGCACCUUGGGUGUUUUCUCUCCUAAAAAGACACCACACUUGGUCAACCUGAAUGAGGAUCCGCUCAUGUCCGAAUGUCUUCUCUACUACAUCAAGGAUGGGAUAACAAGGGUUGGCCGAGAAGAUGCUGAGAAGAGGCAGGACAUCGUUCUCAGCGGGCACUUCAUUAAAGAAGAGCACUGCCUGUUCCGCAGCGACACCAAAACAAGUGGUGAAGUGAUAGUGACCCUGGAGCCCUGUGAAGGUGCUGACACCUAUGUGAACGGCAAAAAGGUGACGGAGCCCAGCGUCCUGCGCUCAGGAAACCGCAUCAUCAUGGGGAAGAGCCACGUCUUCCGCUUCAACCACCCCGAGCAGGCUCGGCAGGAGCGGGAGCGGACCCCGUGUGCUGAGACCCCCGCAGAGCCCGUGGACUGGGCGUUUGCCCAGAGAGAGCUGCUGGAGAAGCAGGGCAUCGACAUGAAACAGGAGAUGGAGCAGCGGCUCCAGGAGCUGGAGGACCAGUACCGGAGGGAGCGGGAAGAGGCAAACUACCUUCUGGAGCAGCAGAGGCUGGACUAUGAGAGCAAACUGGAGGCUUUACAGAAGCAGAUGGACUCUAGGUAUUACCCUGAGGCGAACGAGGAAGAGGAAGAACCUGAGGAUGAGGUGCAAUGGACAGAGCGGGAGUUCGAGCUGGCCCUUUGGGCCUUUAGGAAGUGGAAGUGGUACCAGUUCACCUCCCUCCGUGACCUGCUCUGGGGCAACGCCAUCUUCCUCAAGGAAGCCAACGCCAUCAGUGUGGAGCUGAAAAAGAAGGUCCAGUUCCAGUUUGUGCUCCUCACGGACACACUGUACUCGCCUCUCCCUCCUGACCUGCUGCCUCCUGAUGCUGCCAAGGACCGGGAGAAGCGGCCGUUCCCCCGGACCAUUGUGGCUGUAGAGGUGCAGGACCAGAAGAAUGGGGCAACACACUACUGGACCCUGGAGAAGCUGAGGCAGCGCCUGGACCUGAUGCGGGAGAUGUAUGACCGAGCAGCAGAAGUGCCUUCCAGUGUCAUCGAGGACUGCGACAAUGUGGUGACCGGUGGAGAUCCUUUCUACGACCGCUUCCCCUGGUUCAGGCUGGUCGGCAGUUCAGAUAUCUCUGGCUGCAACAGCUCUCCUCUUUUCAACACAUGCAUGAGCGAGCGCAUGGCUGAUCUCACCCCCUCCCCUACCUUCUCGAACCCCGACUCCGACAUCACCGAGCCUGCUGACGAGCAGCACCAGGGGCAGGAGGAGGAGGAGGAGGAGGAGGAGGACCUGGAGGAAGACAUCUUUCCGGAGUGCCCGCUGUGUGAUGGCCGGGAUCCAUUUUACGACCGCUUCCCCCUGUUCAGUUUAGUAGGAAGGGCCUUCGUCUACCUGAGCAACCUCCUCUACCCUGUGCCCCUGGUCCACCGCGUGGCCAUCGUCAGCGAGAAGGGUGAGGUGAAGGGCUUCCUGCGCGUGGCUGUCCAGGCCAUCUCAGCGGAUGAAGAAGCCCCUGACUAUGGCUCUGGUGUGCGGCAAUCGGGGACAGCCAAGAUCUCCUUUGAUGAUCAGCACUUUGAGAAGUUCCAGUCAGAGUCGUGCCCGUCUGUGGGGAUGUCUCGCUCGGGGACCUCUCAGGAGGAGCUGCGCAUUGUUGAAGGCCAGGGGCAGGUCAGUGACUUGGGCCCCUCUGCUGAUGAAGUCAACAACAACACCUGCGCAGUGACCCCAGAGGACCUUCUCCUGGACAGCCCUGAGAAGCCUGUGCCAGACGGGCCGCUGGAGGUGGCUCUGGACCACCUGAAGCUGGGCAGCAUCUUCACUUUCCGUGUGACGGUCCUGCAAGCCUCCAGCAUCUCUGCAGAAUAUGCAGACAUCUUCUGUCAGUUCAACUUCAUCCAUCGCCACGAUGAGGCCUUUUCGACAGAACCCUUGAAGAACACGGGACGAGGACCACCACUGGGCUUCUAUCAUGUCCAAAAUAUCGCUGUGGAGGUGACCAAAUCCUUCAUCGAAUACAUCAAGAGCCAGCCAAUUGUGUUUGAGGUGUUUGGCCACUACCAGCAGCACCCCUUCCCGCCUCUCUGCAAGGAUGUCCUGAGCCCACUGAGGCCGUCCCGGCGCCACUUCCCCCGUGUGAUGCCGCUCUCCAAACCAGUGCCUGCGACGAAGCUGAGCACCAUGACUCGGCCCAGUGCCGGCCCCUGCCAGUGCAAGUACGACCUGAUGGUCUUCUUUGAGAUUUGUGAGCUGGAGGCCAAUGGCGACUACAUCCCUGCUGUUGUGGACCAUCGUGGAGGCAUGCCAUGCCAUGGGACCUUCCUCCUCCACCAGGGCAUCCAGAGGAGAAUCACUGUCACCUUGGUGCAUGAAACAGGCAGCCUCAUCCGCUGGAAGGAAGUGCGGGAGCUGGUUGUGGGUCGAAUUCGGAACACCCCAGAAGCAGACGAGUCACUCAUUGACCCCAACAUCCUGUCCCUGAACAUCCUCUCCUCUGGGUACAUCCACCCCUCCCAGGAUGACCGGCAGUUUCUUGAUUCGGAUAUGCCUAGCAUUUCGCUGGGAAAUGACACUAGGACUUUCUACCAGUUUGAGGCGGCGUGGGACAGCUCCAUGCACAACUCGCUGCUGCUCAACCGUGUCACCCCAUACCGGGAGAAGAUCUAUAUCACCCUGUCAGCCUACAUCGAGAUGGAGAACUGUACUCAGCCUGCCGUCAUCACCAAAGACUUCUGCAUGGUUUUCUACUCCCGGGACGCCAAACUUCCUGCCUCCCGCUCCAUCCGGAAUCUUUUUGGCAGCGGCAGCCUGCGGGCGUCUGAGAGCAAUCGUGUGACCGGAGUCUACGAGCUCAGCCUCUGCCGUGUGGCCGAUGCCGGCAGCCCAGGGAUGCAGAGACGGCGACGGCGCGUUCUGGACACCUCCGUUGCCUAUGUGCGGGGAGAGGAGAACCUGGCUGGCUGGCGGCCCCGCAGUGACAGCCUCAUCCUUGACCAUCAGUGGGAGCUGGAGAAACUCAGCCUCCUGCAAGAAGUGGAGAAGACAAGGCACUACCUGCUACUGCGUGAGAAGCUGGAGACGACCCAGCGCCUGGGUCUGGAGACCCUGUCCCCCUGCUCCGGUGAGGACUCUGAGUCCCGAAGCACCUCCUGCGUCUCCUCCCCGCUCUCUGCCGACGGGGCCCCUGAGGGCCGCACCUCACCCCCUGAAACCCCCAGCGAGAGGCAGAAGGAGCUGGCUGUGAAGUGCUUGCGCCUGCUCACGCACACCUUCAACAGGGAGUACAGCCACAGCCAUGUCUGCAUUAGCGCCAGUGAGAGCAAGCUGUCUGAAAUGUCCGUGACCUUGAUGAGAGACCCCUCCAUGUCAGCUCUUGGGGUCACCACUCUCACCCCCUCCUCGACCUGCCCAUCACUGGUGGAAGGACGUUACAAUGCCACGGAGGUCAGACCCCAGCAGGUUUCCUCCAGGGCAGACAGCCCUGACCUGGAGCCUGUGGUAGAAGGAGAGCAGAAGAAGUCCCCAGCCCGACGACCUGAGGAGGAGAAGGAGCCCCAGCGUUUGCUGGUGCCUGACAUCCAGGAGAUCCGAGUCAGCCCCAUCGUCUCCAAAAAGGGCUACCUGCACUUCCUGGAGCCCCACACCAAUGGGUGGGUGAAGCGCUUCGUGGUGGUUCGGCGCCCAUACGUCUACAUCUACAACUCAGACAAGGAUGCAGUUGAGAGGGCCAUACUCAACCUCUCCAAGGCCCAGGUGGAGUACAGUGAGGACCAGCAGGCCAUGCUCAAGACCCCGAACACGUUUGCGGUGUGCACGGAGCACCGGGGCAUCCUGCUGCAGGCGAGCAGUGACAAAGACAUGCACGACUGGCUCUACGCCUUCAACCCUCUCCUGGCUGGAUCCAUAAGAUCCAAGCUGUCCAGAAGGAGAACAGCCCAGAUGAGAAUCUAACCUGAAAAACACCUUCCACCUCAUCCGUCUGCCAACAGGAUCAAGAUAGCCGAUUCUGUCUGAAGACUCCCCAUGUUAAUGUCUGAUCUCUCACACCAUCUGCUGCCCCAGCUCUCUGCUCCAUGGAAGGAUCUGUCUCGAUUCACACCUUCACAGGGGAAACUCACUUCCGUUUGUAGCUGCAAAAGCCUGAACCUGCCUGGGCAGGAUUCCUUGUGCUCCUGCCAUCUUCUGCCUGUCCUCCCAUGCGUGACCUUCAUAUCACACCAUCUAACACUCCAAAAAGGUCCCUAUCAGAGGGGAGGGAGUGAGGAGGGCAGUUUUGGCUAAAAGCUGGUCUUUGAUCUACAAAGGUGGGAAUUCAGUAAAGCUCAGAGGUGGGAGAGCAGGAGGAAUUGCCCCCAGGUGAAGGGAAAGUGGUAGUUUAGGAUUUCCUAAUUAACUGCUAUUUCUGCAAGAGACAGCAGACUAAGAUCAGGUGUCAGUACUCUAAGAUUAUAUUUAUAAAGUAUUUAUUUCUAUUUACA